UCAAAUGUCAAAAUUAAGAAAUUAACUGUCAAGGCAAGAGUCGUCAAUAACAUGUGUCGAUGGAAUUGUUUCAAAUCAAAUUGAACUUGAUUUUAUGAAUUUUUUUUUCUUAAUAAAUACAAUCGAAGAUCGGGACAAUGGUGGAAGCAUUUGAAGAGCUCAAAAUAAGUGAAUGUUUGAGUUCACACGAUGAGGAAAAUCCUAUCAAAUCGGUAGCUACGGUUAAACACCAAAUCGUAAGAUCUCCAGGGAAUUUUUCGAAACUAAAAUGUAACACAGACUUGAAUAUUCCGCCAUCGAAUUGGCUGAGUAGUUCUUUUAAUUCUUACGGUCUACAACAAGCGUUAUCACAAGCAACUGGCUUUUCAAGCUUUCGCAUGGCGCAUUUGUUCUCAGAUUGUCUGGGCGAAGUUGACGUUGUUUCAAACGCAGAAAAUAUCAAACGGUUGCUAAAGCUACCAUAUGCUUCGAACUGUUCCAUAAGUAUGAUGGUUCAUAGAAUCGGAAGCACCCUUCUCAUUGAUGAUUUCGACAUACAUAGAUUUCUAUUGCAGCAAGAGGAUUGCAAUUGGAAAUGGCUCAAAUCUUUUAUUUGCGAGCAUUUUACGCGUUUAAAUGAACAAGAGCGAAAUGUGCCAAAUAAACAAUCUACAAGAAAUGAUUCAAUGCACCAAAGAAGCCUUUUGUCGAAAUUUCUGUAUCACUCGAUUUCUUCAACUACAACAGCAACCAUAUCAGAUUCGAAGGACACGGUGAAUGUGGACUUUGAACCGAAAUAUCUGCAAGAAGGACCUCUGUUGCCAGAGCCCAACGUAGAAGAUGUGCCCGAUCCAAAGCACACCAAACACACAUAUAACCGGAACGUAAUAUGGCAACUUAAUAAUACGAAAAUGCUAAUUGGAACAGAUCUACCAAUAUUCGGAGGAGUCGGAGGCAUCAGUUUGCGUUUGCGAGAUAUGGAUAAACCAAUAAAUGUGUUAACGGGAAUUGAUUAUUGGCUAGACAAUCUAAUGUGUAAUGUGCCUGAAAUCGGGAUGUGUUAUCACUUGAAUGGAUUUGUCCAAAAAUAUGAAAUAAUCAAAACGGAGGACCUGCCAUUUCUAGAAAAUUCGCAAUUCUCACCGAACGUAAUUCGAAAUGUUGCUCAAAAUAUUUUGUCAUUUCUAAAACAAAAUGCUACGAAAUCCGGUCAUACCUACUGGCUGUUUAAGGGGCACAAAGAUGACGUGGUGAAAUUAUACGAUCUAACGAGUGAGUUCGAAACAUCAAGCCAAUUCGACGAAAGUGAUCACCAGUCGAAAAAAGAAGAUCCCGAUAAGAAAACGUUUGAAAAAGACGAUAAAAAUCCAUUUACCAUACCAGUUGCAAUGCUUUUGUAUAAAGUUGCUAAAAAUAUGAAAAAUUCAACGGAUCGAAUUGAGGCGAAGCGAGCGGGUUCAAUAAAGGCAUUACUUGAGAAUUGCCUAAAACUUCUUCCAAAAGAACAAUAUCCACAAAUUGUCACCUCAUCGUAUUACUUACUGUCCGAUCUGUAUGUUCCGACCGGCAUUGAUCCCAUUUCACCGAAUUUCAACAAUGAAAUUGAAGAUUCCGAAACUGAUGUGUGCGACUCAGAUGAUUCAGGUAGUAAUAGUGUUGAAGAUGAACAGCAAGUGCAUGGUGGUGUUGGUGAAAAUAUCGCAAUUCAAAGCAUAGUUGAUGCAACAAAAGAAACGCAGAAGAAUGAGAACAACUUUCAUCCGCCUCCUUUGACUGGCGAUAUCGAGGAGAGAUGCUCUAAUGCGCUUCAAUACAUUUUUAAGGGAUUGAAUUGUUUGCAAUAUUUUCUGAUAAACGAGGAAAAGCUUAGCAAGGAAAAAGAGGAAAUAAAAAAGCAAGCUGAAAAAAUACGCAUCAUCCAAGAAGAAUUGAAUCCAAAUAUGGCUAAACGUUAUCAGGCCAUUCCACUGCCAUACGAAGAAAUUAAAAAUGACAAAAUCAAUAAAACAAGCGACACUAAAUGUGAUCAACAAAUGUUAUUGGAAAAGUGCCAAACAUCAACAUCAUCAUCAUCGUCGUCGUCAUCGUCGGUAGUGAUUGGGUCUUGGAACACUCAUUUAAAACUAUUGCUUAUAGAAAAGUCCUGUUUAGUUUAUGCAACAUUAACGGAGCAAGAAUACCAGCAUGGUAAAUAUGGAAGUGCUUUAAAGUUCAUUUCGAUUGCGAUGAAAUGUUACAAGAUCGUAUCAAAGCAGGUGUCUAAUUUUCUAUCCAUUGGAUCGAAUUAUCAAACAAAUCUUUUGGCUCGGGCAGGAGAUUGUUAUUUUCAAUGUGUCCAGAAUUUUACCAGUAUUGAAGAGUACAUUAGUCAAUUCCAAUCGUUACGUGACAUUGACUUAGCAAUAAAAGAUGAAUUGCAUAAAGAUUUAGUCCAAUUAGACAUGGAAAUGGACAUUGAGAGCCCAACGAACAAUUUGGAAAAAAGCAUUUCUUGCUAUGAGAUAGCUCUUCAAUGUGCUGAUGGGAAAGGAUCUCGCAAUGAAUUACUCAGUCGUAUUGGAAGCGUGUUGAAUGAAUUGGCUGUGAGGUACAUGGGGUGGUCACAAGCGGAGUUUGAAAAACGUUCCUCCGAAGCUUCCGUACAGAAUUCAGCGUCAUUAUCUACCAAAGAUGGAGAAUUUGAUGAUAAUGCAGAGCUGUCGGAAAAACCAGAACCGUUGUAUAUGAGUCUUGCCAGAAAAUCGUAUGAAAAUUUUAUUCGUGGCAUAUCCAUCUUUGAAGAAGUAAAUGAUAAUUCAAAUUUGGCGAUUUUACUGUGUAAUUUGGGGCGUUUUAUGCGUUUUCGAGCACAUCUUCAAGACGAUAAAGAAUUUUGUUUCAAGAAAAUCUGCUAUGAAAAUGCAUUCACGUCGUAUCAGCGGGCAUUGACGAUUCUGGAAUCGAAAAAACAAAAUUCACAACUAUGGGAUCUCGUUUCAUGGGAGUUAUCAUCUGGAAAAUUUACACUUGCUAAACUUAUACAACAGCACUUCCAAAAUGAAAUGAAUGAUAAAAUCGAACAGGAACUAAUCGAUUUAUUAAUGGGAUCAUUAAAAUUAUGCGAUACGCAAACGCGCAGUGCUCGAAAGAUUAUGUACACCGUUCGAUCUGGAUUGAUUUAUCAAUGCUUAGGAAACAUUUAUAUCGAUUCCUAUAAGAAAAAAGGCUGCAGCAAUGCUCGCCGGAAGAAAUUACUAAAUUUAUGCCGACUAUAUUACGGGAAAAGUAUAAAUGUGUUUAAACAACUCGAUGGCAUCGAUAAUUAUUUGGGUGUCCAAAUUGAUCGUUUAGAAUUACAAAACACUCUAUUCGAAGGUCAUCAUGCGGCUGCUCAAAAAUGCAAAACACUGCAUACAGCCCUGGAAAUCGCAUGUGAAUCAAUUGAACAAUUCAAAAAAACUCAUGAAUCUGAUGAUAAUCAAUAUGAUCAUGUCAAUCUUUUAAAACAAUUUGAAUUACUUCUACAAACCACACUGAAGCACUUGAUUCAAAUUUCUAUCACAAAAAACUCUGACAACCCGGAGAUAACAACAUUGAAACAACUAUAUAGUUUUACAUUACAAUCAAACAUAAAUAGGAAUGAUUUUAUGUUGUUUUCAAAAUAUUUAUUGAAAACAUUGGAAACUAUAAAAGAAGCUCUGUUUUGAGAGAAAAAAAUGUGCAAAAAAUGAAUAAAUAAAUACGCAAAUUUUCAUUUUA